GACGCUGUCCCGGCCCUGAGGCGGCUGCGCGGCCCCGCCGGGCUGGAGGCAGCGGCAGCGCGGGGAAGACGGCCCGGCUGCAGCGGUUCUGGUGGCAGGAAGAGAAAACUGACCUGAGAUGGAAGUCAAAACAUCAUUUAGCAAAGCCAGCAGGAUUCCUGAGACUGUAUCCACAUUAAUUAAGGAAGAAUUUGUCUUGGUUCAUCAGAAAUCUGAGGAUGCCUCUGGAAAUGAUGAGAAGCCACAGCUAAAGGUAUUUUCAAAUGGAGAUGAGGAGUUGGAGAAGGCAAUGGAAGAGAUCCUGCGGGAUUCUGAGAAGGACCAUGAUGUCACUGCACUCCCAGAAGGAUUCAGGGAUGGCAGUGGCCAGGCAGCUGCAGAUGGGUCAGCAGGACAAACAUCCCAGCCAGCUUUGCAGCUUGUGUUAGACCCUUCUGCUACAGAAAUCUCUGCACCAAGGCCAUCUUCUCCCAGUGAACCCCUGGAAGAGGACAGUGUGUUGUUUAACAAACUGACUUAUUUGGGUUGUACGAAGGUGUCAGCCCCACGGAAUGAACCAGAAGCUCUGCAUGCCAUGGCAAACAUGAAGUCCUCAAGUCAAACUCCUUUACCUGUAACACUCUAUGUCCCAAACAUUCCAGAAGGCUCUGUAAGAAUAAUUAAUCAGUUGAGCAAUUUGGAGAUAGCCUCGUUUCCCAUCUAUAAGGUGUUAUUUUGUGUGAGGGGGCAAAAUGGGACUUCAGAGAGUGACUGCUUUGCAUUUACUGAGAGCAGCUGUGGGACAGAAGAGUUCCAGAUCCAUGUUUUCUCCUGUGAGAUUAAAGAAGCUGUCAGCCGAAUUUUGUAUAGUUUCUCCACAGCAUUCAAGCGUUCUUCCAAACAAGCGUCUGAUCACGUGAAGGACUUUGUUCUUCCCACACCAGACAGUGAUGUGUACACUUUCAGUGUCUCCUUAGAAGUCAAAGAAGAUGAUGGAAAAGGAAAUUUUAGCCCUGUGCCAAAGGAUAGAGAUAAACUGUACUUCAAGCUUAAACAGGGAAUUGAGAAGAAAGUGGUGAUCACAGUUCAGCAACUUUCCAACAAAGAACUGGCCAUUGAAAGGUGCUUUGGGAUGUUGCUAAGCCCUGGACGAAAUGUGAAGAACAGUGACAUGCAUUUACUAGACAUGGAAUCCAUGGGAAAGAGUUCUGAUGGGAAGGCUUAUGUCAUUACUGGAAUGUGGAAUCCUAAUGCACCCAUGUUUCUAGUACUUAAUGAGGAAACUCCUAAAGAUAAGCGUGUGUUCAUGACUGUGGCUGUGGACAUGGUUGUCACUGAGGUGGUGGAGCCAGUCAGGUUCCUGCUGGAGACCGUGGUGCGUGUGUAUCCUGCCAACGAACGCUUCUGGUACUUCAGCAGGAAAACCUUCACAGAAACUUUCUAUAUGAAGCUAAAACAGUCUGAAGGAAAAAGCCAUACAAGUGCUGGAGAUGCAAUUUAUGAAGUUGUCAGCCUGCAAAGAGAAUCUGCCAGAGAGGAAGAAUUAGUCACCCCAACAAGUGGAGGAGGGCCUAUGUCAUCCCAGGAGGAUGAGGCAGAAGAAGAGAGUGAUAAUGAACUCUCCAGUGGCACUGGUGAUGUGUCAAAGGAUUGUCCUGAGAAGAUUUUGUAUUCCUGGGGAGAGUUACUGGGGAGAUGGCACAAUAACCUUGUUGUGAGACCAAAUGGGCUGUCCACUCUGGUGAAGAGUGGUGUUCCAGAAGCACUGAGGGCAGAGAUCUGGCAGCUGCUGGCUGGAUGCCAUGACAACCAGGCAAUGCUGGACAAAUACAGGUUGCUCAUCACAAUGGAUUCUGCUCAGGAGAGUGUCAUCAAACGAGAUAUCCAUCGUACAUAUCCAGCACAUGAUUAUUUUAAGGAUACAGAGGGAGAUGGGCAGGAAUCUCUGUACAAAAUCUGUAAGGCCUAUUCUGUCUAUGAUGAAGACAUUGGCUAUUGCCAGGGACAGUCCUUCCUUGCAGCUGUGCUUCUGCUUCAUAUGCCAGAGGAGCAGGCAUUCUGUGUAUUUGUGAAAAUAAUGUAUGACUAUGGCUUGAGGGACCUCUACAGAAAUAACUUUGAAGAUCUCCAUUGCAAAUUUUUCCAACUGGAGAAGUUAAUGCAGGAGCAGUUACCAGACUUGCACAGCCAUUUCUCAGACCUCAAUUUGGAAGCUCACAUGUAUGCAUCCCAGUGGUUUCUCACUCUUUUUACUGCCAAGUUUCCACUCUGCAUGGUCUUCCACAUCAUUGACUUACUACUUUGUGAGGGUAUGAACAUAAUCUUCCAUGUGGCUUUGGCUCUUUUAAAGACCUCCAAAGAGGACCUUCUACAGGCUGAUUUUGAAGGAGCUUUAAAAUUCUUCAGGGUUCAGUUGCCUAAGAGGUACAGAGCUGAGGAGAACGCCCGGAGACUCAUGGAACAAGCUUGCAACAUUAAGGUGCCAACAAAAAAGCUGAAGAAAUAUGAGAGAGAGUACCAAACCAUGCGAGAGAGCCAGCUGCAGCAGGAAGAUCCUAUGGACAGAUACAAGAGGGAGAACCGCAGGCUCCAAGAAGCAAGCAUGAGGCUGGAGCAGGAGAACGAUGACCUUGCCCAUGAGCUUGUGACCAGCAAAAUUGCCUUAAGGAACGACCUGGACCAGGCUGAGGACAAAGCAGAUGUUUUGAACAAGGAACUUCUCGUGACCAAACAGAGACUGGUGGAGACUGAGGAAGAGAAAAGGAAGCAGGAAGAGGAAACUGCUCAGCUGAAGGAGGUCUUCAGGAAGCAGCUGGAGAAGGCAGAAUCUGAGAUCAAGAAAACCACAGCCAUUAUUGCAGAGUAUAAACAGAUUUGUUCCCAGCUGAGUACCAGGCUGGAGAAGCAACAAGCAGCCAGUAAGGAUGAACUGGAAGUUGUGAAGGGCAAAGUGAUGGCCUGCAAACACUGCAGUGAGAUUUUCAGCAAGGAGGGGGCACUGAAGGUGCCUGCUGUGAGCACGGACAACAAAGGCAUCGAAACAGACGACGAGAAGGAUGCACUGAAGAAGCAGCUGAGGGAGAUGGAGCUGGAGCUUGCACAGACCAAACUGCAGCUUGUGGAAGCCAAGUGCAAAAUUCAGGAGCUGGAGCACCAGAGAGGAGCCCUUAUGAAUGAAAUCCAAGCUGCCAAAAACUCUUGGUUUAGCAAAACGCUGAACUCUAUCAAAACGGCCACGGGCACACAGGCAGCGCCGCCGCCGCAGCCGCCGGUGCCCCCCAGAGAGGGCAGCACAUAGUCCAGCCACGGCCGGCCCCAGAGCACAAAGAACAACACAGCCCAAACCUGGGAGGAUUCUUCCACUGGCCCCUCCUCCUGGGCAAAGGACAAUGAGGCAGGAGUGCAGGCUUGAAGUGAAAUUCUUCAGUGUUUUUCAUUCAUUUUCUGAUGUGACCCUUUUUCAAAGGGGGGGAAAAAAAAAAGUCCUGGUUUAUGUUGAAUUCGUACUUCCCAUACUGCCUUGCUGAAAGCCACGUUCUGAUACCUUCAUACUUUUACACUUUAUUUUAUAUGACUAGAUGUUAAAUAAAUAUUUCAAAACUAGGUCUUUAAUACACAUCUAAUUUGAAAUUGUUAUUGUCUUGCAUAGAAGGUUUUUCUUCUGGAGGAAGAGAGAGAAUGGAAAAUGUACAGUACUGCAGCAUAAUCUCUCCCUAGAAAGCACAGUGUAAGACAUUGAGGAUAACUUAGGCCCUGGGACCAUCUCAGAAGUUUAUCCCAGCAACUGCAUCCUGCAGAGAAGCACUUUUUGUAAAGCUUAGGCCAUAGCAAAGGUAGGCUUGUGCUCUCCUGGCACAAUUGCUAUGAGCUUCCCUUACAACUUCUUCAUUUGGAUUGGUUUUUCUUCAGAAAUACAAGUAGUGCAGUUUUUGUAACACUGUUGUUUAAAGGCUAUUUACAGUCCAACUGGAAUUCCACAUCAAGUUCCCUAGUUCCCUUUUUUAAAUUCAUGUUUCUAUUAAGAAUUCCAAGGAAUAAUGCCUUCCAGUGGGAUAAAGGGAGAACCCUUUUGACAGUUAUUUGGUGUUUUUGCUGAGAAGCAGAGUGGAGACCUUGCAUGGUUUUGACCUUUUGUAAAUCCUGUGCAAUAAAGGGUAGGUUUUGUGAAUAAAAGUAAUGAAAACCCUGCCCUGGGUCUAUAUUCAGAUUCCAAAUUUGACACAGAAAUGAGGUAUCAAAUAAAACACCCUAGAGGCUUGUGCUGCACUGAUGAAUAAAGUACCAUAGAAACAAGAUCUGUUUGCUAGAAGUGUUUGGUUAGGAAACACUUUGUUGGUAUUACUUAUUUUUAUAAAAACAAGCAUUUUCAAGUGGAAUACAAGCCCUAGACUUUCCUGUGGGGGUAGACUUCUCUGGUGAUUCCCAAACCUGUCUGGUUGUUUUAUAUCUCUUAAGGUAAGAAAGUUCAAAAGCAUUUGUUUUGACUAAACAUAAAGUGUUCAUAGAAAUACUUAUUUCAUGGAAAAUUAAACUAUUGCUUGAACUGAUGGAAUAUUUUUUUAAUUAUAUGUGUCAUGUCUGAAGAUGGUCUUGCAGGUAAAUGUCAUUGCUGGACUAAAUGUUGUGUAUUAAUUGUUUCAUUUACAAGAUUUUUCCAGGGACACUAGUUCUGUUUUGAUCUUUUUUUUUUUUUUUUUUUAAUUCUAAGGAAUGCCAUACCUUGUCAGUUUUGUACAAUAAAAUUUAAUAAUACCCAUCUUGUGCUUUGUUGUCAAGCAUAAUUGUGAAUUAUUUUCAACAGGGUAGUACAAGUUUAAUGUUACCAGUGCCAAAGGAAAAAUUCCAGAAGGCAGUCAGCUGAUAGAAGUAGAGAUUGAAAUAUAAUCACCAUCCUGACACAAUUCUCUCUUCUAAGAAUAAGGGGUUAAAAACUUUAAUAUUUUAAAAUGUACCUUCAAGAACAGUGAUUAUCUGGAAUCAUUAAUACAGAUUAAGGGGGAAAAACAGAAGGUAUUUCUUUUGCAAAUGUUAUCAAAGGUCUUUUUCCCUUGUCACUGUCUUGCUCAUAAUAUUUGCAUAAAUGUUUCCAUUCUCUCAACUGACUAAACCCAGUGUUAGUCAUUCACUUACCAGUUCUGCUUCACAUUCAGAAUGUGAAUCUGAAUUCAUAAUAAAUCUGAAGUGACAUUUAAGGAGACCUGGUGAACAUCUGAUUGUUGCAUUUGGGAGUACUGUGCCCAUGAGGGAAACUGGUUAUUUGACAAGUGUCUGAAUUUCUCAUUUCUUUUAUCUUAAAUCAUACUUACAAGUGGAUUUAAAACCAUGAUUGGAAAAGUUCAGUAAGAAUGAGUAAAGAAAUGUGUUAGGCUGUGAUUCCCUGAGCAGAGGAGUUAAAAGCUCACUCCUGCUCACCCAUUGUACAGUCCUGUCCCUUGUCCUUAUUGUAGUGUGUACUGGAGAUAAUUAAAAACAACAAAAGAAGAUGUGGGUGGAUUUAUCCCCCUACAGUUCAUCUUUUGUCAAGUGAAUGAGAUGAAUCACCUCAAGGGUCCAAUGAGCAGAUCAUGGGAGUGGGACUUCCCAAAUUCAUCAAGAAGGAGCUGGUAAAUAAGGUCACCAUGUUUCACAGAACAGCUUUGACACAACAUUCAUUUUGGCAGUGUAGCUGCUUUCUGACUUUGGAAGUUGAGUUUUUGCUACCUGUUAGCUGUGAUGAUUUCAAACCCUUGUACAGAUGGAAGCUGGCUUACCUCACCCAAAGGAAGUUUCAGAAAGCAAUGACCCAAAAGGCACUAAACAAGUUCCACCUUCAGCUGUAGAUCCAAGGUAGCAUUUGUAGCAAUGGCAUUUGGAAGAGUAAUAUUUAGGUGGAAAUUGCAUCUUCUCAGCAUUACUGAAAGAGUAAGAAAAUAGCUCUAUGACAUUACCUUAUGAAUAUUCAGAAUGAAGGAAAGGAGCAGGACUCCAUGAUUAAAGCAGGCAAGCUGAAAUUCUAUCUGCUGACUAUAGAUACUAUUGGGAAAUUUAGUUUCCUGCAAGAAAAGAGAUCUCUUAGUGACAGAACCACCUACACACAUAUCCUUGGUGGAUUUGUCAGGGAUAGCUGGCUUAUUGCUCAGCUUUUCUGCAGGAAACAUCAUCAAGGUCUCACUGAAACUGUUGUUUCCAUGUGGCACUGGAACAGCUAACAUAGCUCCUAUGUCUGGAGUGAUCAACCUUUUUUCCCUGAGUCUGUAGUAAACUAUGUGUUCAGAUCAAACUUUUAUUAAAAUUAAUUUGAAUUUUAUAAAUAUAUAUGUGGAACUAAAACCUAUUUUUAAAUUUUAUUAAGAAUGCACCAUUCUGAAAUAAAGUCUUUACUUUCAUUAGGAACAAACCUCCAAAGAAUAUUUUUACUACAACUUUUAUCUUGUUGGACUAUAAUCUCUUCCUGAGAUGCCCAAUAUGGGGGGCAAAAAAAAAGAAAAAGUCCUUUUUUCACUUUAAAAUGUUGGUUUUCCUUUGACUGUAAUACUUUACAGGCUAAAUGAAGCAAGGCUGAUUUAGUUAUGUGGUACAUUUGUGAGCUAGUCUUGUAUUAUCUUUGUGAACCAAACUUAAUAUUCUAAAGUAAUAGGACUUAUUCCACUUAGUUUACGUUUCUAAAUGUACCUGGAGAAGAAUAAAAAGAAAAAAAAGAAAAUACCAUGUGUAGAGAAGCCAAGAAACUGUGAAAUCCCUGAGGUGCAUCUGCAGUAGGGUUUGGCAGGAAAGGUAGUCAGCCAUGUAAUCAGUACUGCCAGUGGACAAACCCACCCUUGUCCCAUCUGUUAAUGAGGAUUUAAUUGGCUACAGCUGAGUUACAUUGCUACAACUAAGUUAAAGUGCUUACACAGGUAAGCAGUAUUUUUUUUUUCGUUGUUAGAUGUUUUAAAUGAUUUCUCUUAGUUGGCCCUCAAAAUUUCUUUGAAGAUAAAUGGUCAUCUCUGCCACAGUGUUAAGAACAACUUGAAAUAAAUCCAGCCAUUCACCAGAGGAGAUGGAGAUAAAAAGGCAAGAACUGCAAGAGUUCAGCCCCUUCACAAAGCAUGAAGCGCCCCAUUGACUUCAGGGCCGUGAUGCCACUCAUUGACUGAACAUGGUAGUUUAGGGGUAAAUAAAAACCUGCAUUUAUUGGCACUAAAGUAUCAAUAUUUGGAAGUCACAUGCCAUGCUUUCUCCACAGGAUCAAGAUGGGGCUGUUCCCUUUCUCCUAUUAAGUAGCUGCAGUGAAAUCCAUGAAACUACUUGUAUGUGUGGGAGAACUACAAUCAGGUGAUUUUCAUUUCCUCAGAGGAUUUUUGUUUACCGUUAGACUCAGGGAUAAUUGGCAACUUCUGCACCAUCACCUAAGCCUAAACACCCUUGGCUUUGAUACCAGAAGCCCUCUUACCUUACAGUGCUGGUGUUCUUCCAGCUGCUGGAGAGCAAACCAUAGUAAGUGUCAUGUCUGAUGGAUUGUGAAGAGAGGGCAGAGAUGUUCCCCUCAGGUCUGAGGGAUUGCUGUGGCUGACAAGCCCUCCCUGUCCCUGCUGGAUCCUGCUGAGGGGGCUGCACCAGAUGUGCAAGCACAGAGGUUAAAACUAACUUGUCUCCCUAUUGUGCUAAUAUCCUACUGGGAACUGUCCCAUUAGCUCCUUCCAGGUAAUAACACUAAGGAGAGACGUGAUGAAACACUCAAGUUUGGAUCUCUCAGGUGUUAGGGGAGGUGUAGGUCACAGCAGCCUUUAGAAUUGAGCUAAUCCACUGGUGGCUCUUGGGAAACACAAGGAAUUUGCAACUGAAUAAAUAAUGUUCAGCAUUGAUCAAGACCUGAUCCUUCCCAGGUCAGCAGUCUACACUAUUUAUUUCAGGAUUGUGACUUAACACAUACAGGUCAAUUCUCCAGGAAUACAGGGCUCUCCAUUUCUCCUGGAUCCCAAUGGCUUUGCUACUGAAUGUAUUUCAUGCUAUUUUUACCUGAAAAACAAAAAAUGGGUACAGAAUUAGAAUUUUACUUUUUAUUAUUUUCUUAUUCCGGUGUGACUUGCUUUUAUUUAACCUGUAAAGGAAUAUAUAUGUAUCUUUGGAGAACUAUAUCUUACAUAUAGAAUAAUAUAUAAGAAACAGAACGACAAGGGGAUAAAUACAUCAAAAGGAUUUGGUAUCAUAAAUUUCAUUUGAUACCACCAGAAUCCUGGGCUGUACUAAUUUCCUUACAGUUUCUCUUAUUUUUGUACUUUAUCUAAUACAUGGAUGGUACUACCAAUGCAAACCACAGCAGAUGUUCCCAGAUUUUUCUUCAGAUCUCAAUUCCUGCCUUUCAGUAAUCCCUGGUUUUGUACCCUUGAAAGCUGUGCCAGGAGCUCUCUUGAGCUUUGGGAACUCCUGCUUUCCCAUGGAAGAAGAUGCUCUGGCUUCUUUGAACUAGGAAAAGAUGACAUAUGAAUGCAGAAAAUUUCUAAUCAAGCAUAAUCCAUCUCCCUCUGUGUCUGCCAUUGAGGUGGAUUCGCUCCAGCACACUGAAAACAGAGCAGCUCCAAAGCUCUGACUCCACGACAAUGAAGUUUUCCAGAUUUGGGGUUGCCUUUGUGAUCUGGGUGUGUCCCAAGUUCACAAAUCCUGAAGAGUUAGGAAAACCAGAGAAUCAUAGAGAGGUCACACUUCCAGCUGAGAACCAUUCAGUACUACCACUACUUGGGUAACAUAUCCAUGUAUUAUAUAAAGUACAAAAUGAAAAUAUAAGUGUAAUGCUUGUUAUUAAAAGUGCAAUUCAAUGUACCUGGUCACAACAAAUGUUUACUUUUUUAAUUGUUACAGAAUUGUUCAGAUCAGUACCUUGUUAUCAUUGUGUGAACGAUGCCUAGUAAAAUAAAUGGAAAUGGAAAACAA